UUAAAACUUGUUUAGGAGGAUCUAUGUGGCCUUAAUUUUGGUAGGUAUAUAUGUAAUUAAGGUCUUAAAACUUGUUUAGGAGGAUCUAUGUGGCCUUAAUUUUGGUAGGUAUAAAUGUAAUUAAGGUCUUAAAACUUGUUUAGGAGGAUCUAUGUGGCCUUAAUUUUGGUAGGUAUAAAUGUAAUUAAGGUCUUAAAAUUUGUUUAGGAGGAUCUAUGUGGCCUUAAUUUUGGUAGGUAUAAAUGUAAUUAAGGUCUUAAAACUUGUUUAGGAGGAUCUAUGUGGCCUUAAUUUUGGUAGGUAUAUAUGUAAUUAAGGUCUUAAAACUUGUUUAGGAGGAUCUAUGUGGCCUUAAUUUUGGUAGGUAUAAAUGUAAUUAAGGUCUUAAAACUUGUUUAGGAGGAUCUAUGUGGCCUUAAUUUUGGUAGGUAUAUAUGUAAUUAAGGUCUUAAAACUUGGAACAGUGUACAUGUACACAGUAGUUACUUUGCUAUUUUAUUUACCGUAUCAAGUUUAUAAUAUUUUGUAUUGGUACUAGCUGCAGUUUCACUGGUAUGUUUGGGCGUUAUACUGCAAUGUCCAUCAUGAUGGAUAAUUCUUUGUCUGAAAUCAAACUGAAAAGUGACAUAUCAAUAAUGACAUCUGCUUCCAUAAUUAGAAGAAUCCAUCACCAGUAGUCGUAGCGUAUGAGCAGAAUUUUUAGCGAGGAUUUAAUUUUGGCAUUAUUAGUGAGAGUGAUGAGAUCACUGAAAUUGAAUAUUGCUAGCCAUUUAUUCCAUAUAGGAGGUAAUAGUUACUUUUCCUGGGAUAAUAAAGUCGCUAAAAUUAGCUCGCACUAAAUGUAUAUACCCAAUCCUACUUUUAAUAUGGAAAAGUCACGUUAAGAUGUCCACUUAUGCGGUAUUUUUUCUUCAUUUGACCUGUGUAUGAAGAUUUUGUUUGAUAAAUACAGUAGUUUUAAACUUCUCGGAAUGGUAAUGUGAUCAAGAAGAAGAAAAAAGAAUUAAAAUGACUAAAAUUUCUAAAUUUUAUGAAGGAUAGAUCCUGGUAGUUACACAGUGUGUAGAUUUAUAUGUGUUAAUUGAAAUUUAAAAUGAGUCAAAAGUAGUAGCUAGAGGAAGAAAUAUUUUGUGGUAUUCUGUUGAAUGGCUUUUUGAAGUCUUCUUUGUAGGGAGAGGAUGGUCGAAGUUUUUAGAACUUGUUUCCAAUCCCUUUGUACUUGUAUUACAAAUAUCCUUUUGUAAUUGUAUUUGAUUAUUAAUAAAUCAAAUCAGUAGUACCUAUCCUACCUCCUGCCUUGAAAUAUGUGUUUACCUUGGUCACCCAGAAAACUCUAAAACAAGCAGUCAAUGGAAUAUCACAAAGCUGUGGGUUGUUGUUGUUUUUUUAAAUUUUGGAUUAUCUGUACAAAAAUCAUUUAACAUGAAUAUGACCUGCAUGUGUUUACAACUGGCAAGUGAUAUAAUGUACACAAAGAUUAAUCAAUUUGUUUUAUUAUUUGAAUGUGCCUGUAUCUACUUCCUUGAUUUAAAGAUUUUCUUAAUGUUGGAUUCCAAUCAAUUAAAGAUCAUGUGGUUUCAAUAGAAGGCUUUAUUCUUCAAGCAUGUGCAACCAGUGUAUAUAGACUGUUUUUUAUGUAGGUGUAGAGAUGUUAUUGUCAUAGAGUGGUGUUUUAAAUCCAGCAAACAUUUGUCAAUGCUAAUUCAUCUUUGUUUGACUUCGUAUUGAAAGAUGUGCGUAAAAGCUUUUGGAUUUUUUGCCUUUAUUAUCAUUUGUUGUGAAUAUGCACAUUUAAUGGAAACAGAUGAAGCCAGUCAAACUUUACUACAUAGAUUGCUGGUCAAACGGGAAAAUAGAGGAUUUCAGAAGAAAAACAGAGAAUACAGUCCAGAUUCUCUAGCAAAACUAAAGGGACUGUUAAUGCAAUAUGCAGAGGAGAAAAAAUCUAAAUAUCUGUCCAAAGUAAAGAAAGAAGAGGCAAGUUUAGUCACACAGAAGACUCCAGAAUCACACUCAACGGUACCUCAAAGUCAUUUUGGAACAGGAAAGUCUAUUAGUAACAAUGGUGUAAUGAAAUCUACAGAGAGUGGGAACUUUUUGAUGAGAAUGGUGGAUCAUCGUGAUUCGAAAACAUACAAGGCAGUUGACACAGUAAACCCCAGAACUAGUAAAAUUGCAGAGGACCUUUUAGAAGAAGACACACAUGAUUACCAUUCCAAACCAAUACAGGAGAAGACUCUGGCGAGUCACAGAAGAAGCUUUCUAGAAGGAGAAAAUCGUAUAUGGACCAAUGGCAUCAUUCCUUAUAAAAUCAACAAAAAUGUGGACAGGGGGUGUAGACAGGAAAUACUCACAGCCAUUGCAGUUUUUCAUAAUAACACUUGUGUCAGAUGGGAACCAUAUUCAGACAGUGUCCAAGACCAUGUGGAAUUUUUCAUGAGUGGGAUAAGUUCAUCAUAUGUUGGAAAUAUAGAGGUGACAAAAUAUGGGCAUCUUUAUGAACCUGAACUGACUAGUCAACCUAUCAAUAUCGAAUCCAGUCACUGCACUCUCCAUGUAGUUCUUCACGAAAUGGCCCAUACGCUGGGGAUGACCCACGAGCAGAGUCGCAGCGAUAGGGAUGGAUAUGUCACUGUGUACUGGGAGCACGUUUUGAGAGGAAAAGACAAUCAGAACUUGGCCAAGGAAGAGACCAAUAACCAAAAUAUUCCUUACGAUUACUCAUCUUUAAUGCACUAUUCCAUCUUUGCAUUUUCAAAGGAUGGUGAAAAGACACUUGAAUAUAGAGAUGUUGAUUAUGAAUUUCUAGGACUGCAAGAGAACUCUUUAUCCUUUUAUGAUACGGAAGCAAUAAUAAAAGCUUACAAAUGUGCAAAUUCAUGUCCAGAUUUGGAGUGCUUGAAUUCGGGGUUCUUGGACCAUACUUGUUCCUGUAGGUGUCCAGAUUACAUUCAAGGCAAGCGGUGUGAAGAAGUUAGAAGCAGCUGUGGUGGGAGUAUAGAGCUGCAGAGUGAACAUGACCAAAAGUCAAUCUCGUCACCAAACUAUCCUCAGUUAUAUUUGGUAGGGCAAAGUUGUGUGUGGUUGAUAAGGGCUCCAAAGGGAAUGCAAAUCGAGCUCACCAGCCAUGAUUUUGACCUACCAGAUAAUUCCUUAGGUCGAUGUUAUCAUUGGCUAGAGGUGAGAUCUAUUUCCAUUGGCCAACCAGGGCCUCUAUAUUGUGGAAACUCUCUUUCAGCGAUUGAGACACCUUCAGGGAGUGAAUCUCACCUACUGCUUCUGAAGUUUGAUUCAUCUUACCAAUUUGCUGAAUCUGGAAGAGGCUUCAACCUAAUCGUUACAGCCAAACUCGAUCCUAACACCCUCGCUCAAGAGAAUUCAUCCCUAUCUUCCUUCCAAUCAAGUUCAGUUACAAAUUAUUGCGACAUGCAUCCUGACUGGUGUUACAAUGGGGGAACAUGCGUGUUCGAUGAUGGAGAUGUAAGCUGCAUAUGUCCUGACCAAUUUUCUGGGGCAUCUUGUGAACAUUCUAAAGACCCUGUGGAAAUUCCUACACAAAGUCCUAAUGACUUAGGAACAUAUCUUUGCGAACCCUCUAUAGACUGCCCGAUUGCCGAAUCAAAUGGGAAUUUUCAGUGGAAGAUUGUUGAAAAUCUUUUAACGGUCGUGCCGCGUCAAGGAUCAAAAGGAGCCGAAGCCCAAUUUCACAUUCCCUUAAAAAUUGUCGAAAAUCGCGACAUGUGCUUGGAAUUUAUAAUUAGACCUCUCGUUGCUGGCAAAGCCUGCGGGGUGUUGGAGGUCACGAAACAUGUUGAGGGUAUGGACUUUGGUUUCGGAAGUUACAAUUAUGAUGAACCAGUCUUUAGGGGAAGUUGUGGUCCAUCUGCUGAAACAGAAUCCAAGCAUAUAUCGACGUUUUUCGGCGAGACGUCAACGAUAUCGUUCAAGGCAAUAUUGCAAGAGAACAGCGAUUUCAAUGUCGGUAUUGAACGCAUUUCAAUAAUUGAUGGUUAUUGUUGAAAUAUCCUUAAAGUUUACUUUUUGUAUUGAAAAGAAAGAAAUGGGGGGGGGGGGGUGUCAAUGAUGUUGUUAACUGCAAGAAGUUGUAUUUUUACUUCUUUCAUUCUUUGUGAUAUGGGUGAGAGCUUUUGUAUUUGUACAUCUUUCAUUCUUUGUGAUAUGGGUGAGAGUUUUUGUGUUGUGAAGCCUAUAAGAUAUUUUUUUGAUAUCAACUUCUGGUGAUAUGACGCCGGUUAUAACUAUUAGUAAAUAUGUGUUGAAUUUGUUACAUAUUUCUGACAUUUUCUUGAUCAAGUUAAUUAUUUGCGUUUUUCAGAGUAUGACAGGAUAUUUAUAUUUAAAAAACUGACAAAGGUGGACAUGAAGAAAUCGAACAACAUUGUAGUCAAGACAAUUACAAAGCAGAGCGAUACAAGUGCGGUGAUUUCAACAAAUCCAAAUAUAAUGUCAUUGUUUAGCUUUUUAAUGAGAUUUAAUGUGGAAGACGUAAUGAUGCAUUGUAGGGUAUUCAUUAAAGAGAUUGUACAUACA